AUGGCAACUCUCAAAGAUCAGCCGAUUCAGAAUCUCCUUAAGGAAGAACAUACCCCCCAGAAUAAGAUUACAGUUGUUGGGGUUGGUGCUGUCGGCAUGGCUUGUGCCCUCAGUAUCUUAAUGAAGGACUUGGCAGAUGAACUUGCUCUUGUUGAUGUCAUGGAGGACAAACUGAAGGGAGCGAUGAUGGAUCUCCAGCACGGCAGCCUUUUCCUUAGAACACCAAAAAUUGUCUCUGGCAAAGUGGAUAUCUUGACCUAUGUGGCUUGGAAGAUAAGUGGCUUUCCCAAAAACCGUGUUAUUGGAAGUGGUUGCAAUCUGGAUUCAGCCCGGUUCCGUUACCUAAUGGGGGAAAGACUGGGAGUUCACCCAUUAAGCUGUCAUGGGUGGGUCCUUGGGGAGCAUGGAGACUCCAGUGUGCCUGUAUGGAGUGGAGUGAACGUUGCUGGUGUCUCUCUGAAGAAUCUGCACCCUGACUUAGGCACUGAUGCAGAUAAGGAACAGUGGAAAGAGGUUCACAAACAGGUGGUUGACAGUGCCUAUGAGGUGAUCAAACUGAAAGGCUACACUUCCUGGGCCAUUGGACUGUCUGUGGCAGAUCUGGCCGAAAGUAUAAUGAAGAAUCUUAGGCGGGUGCAUCCAAUUUCCACCAUGAUUAAGGGUCUCUAUGGAAUUAAAGAUGAUGUCUUCCUUAGUGUCCCUUGCAUCUUGGGACAGAAUGGAAUUUCAGAUGUUGUGAAGGUGACUCUGACUCCUGAGGAGGAGGCCCAUUUGAAGAAGAGUGCAGAUACACUUUGGGGGAUCCAAAAGGAGCUGCAGUUUUAAAGUUUUCUAAUGUAC